GCUGCAUGAGAUAACAUGCAGGCAAAAGACAUGGCCUACGAUCGCUGGGGCUCAGUUACAGUAAUGGGAUGACGUUGAUGACUUAAACAACACAUGUGGUAUAAUCAGAGCAGUGAUAACAACCUGAAUGUAAGCCAGAGACCAAGAGAUAAAGUGACACACACGCACUCAAACACUCACGCAGAAAACAGGCGCAGCCCGUUUGUUCACCGCAGCAGCCAACACAGGCAUGUUGGAGCAGGUCAGCGAGUUCCUAUGGUGGGAACGCCUGUGGCUUCCCCAAAACGUCUCCUGGUCUGACCUCCAGGACGGCGACGGACUGGUCUACGCCAGACCCUCCCACCUGUACCUGGCCCUCCCAUGUGCCUUCGCUCUACUCCUUGUGAGGUACCUCUUUGAGAGCUAUCUGGCGUCUCCGCUGGCUGAGGCAUGGGGGAUCAGAGAUAGGCGUCGUCUGCCACCAGAGCCCAGCUGCGCGCUGGACGCCUACUUCCGCCACACGUCACACUGCCCUUCACAGGCUGAGGUGAGGUCGCUGUGCAAGAAGACAAGCUGGUCCGAGCGGAGGGUUCAGGUCUGGUUCAGGAGACGGAGGAACCAGGACCGGGCCGGUCUGUGCAAGAGGUUCUGUGAGGCCAGUUGGAGAUGUACAUUCUACUUAUUUGCCUUUCUUGGAGGAAUCCUUGCCCUCUACGAUAAACCUUGGCUUUACAAUCUGAGAGAUGUUUGGGAAGGCUUCCCGAAACAGUCGAUGCUGCCAUCUCAGUACUGGUAUUACCUGAUGGAAAUGGGCUUCUACCUCUCUCUGCUCCUCAGUCUCACAUUUGAUGUGAAGCGCAAGGACUUCAAAGAGCAGGUUGUCCAUCAUAUAGCCACCCUGACGCUCCUGGCAUUCUCUUGGGCUUCGAACUACAUCCGCAUCGGAACGCUCGUCAUGGCAACCCAUGACAGCGCCGACAUACUGUUGGAGGGUGCAAAGAUAUUGAACUACGCCAAGUGGAAGAGAUCUGCCGACACCAUGUUUGUGGUGUUUACCUUAAUCUUUGCACUGACCAGAAUGGUCAUUUUACCUUUUUGGCUCAUACACUGUACGUGGGUGUAUCCGGUGGAGCGCUUCGAGCCUUUCUUUGGCUACUACUUCUUCAACGCCAUGCUGGUGGUGCUGCAGAUUCUCCACUUCUACUGGGGGUUGCUCAUAUCCAAGAUGCUCUACAAAUGUCUCUUCAGCAAGCUGGAAGGCGAUGAAAGAAGUGACGAGGAAGAGGAGGACAGAAGUGAUGAGGAAGAGGAGGGCAGGGAGCCACCGAAGAAGGAGAACCAGAGGCUGGAUCACACAACCAGCUGUCGGCCCAGAGGAUGGGCCAACGGAAUCUGACCUAGGCGGACAGUUGUGGAUUGAGACACAGAUACAUGACAAUGAAUAUGGAUUACUGUGGAAAGGGUGUGCCUCCAAUGAGAUUCAAACUGCAUAGAUUGCAAUUUCCACUGCUUUUCCAUACGUUUCUUCUGGCCAAGAUUCACAUUUGAUUGUAUAGGCGUAAUGCAAUACUUAAUAAUUCAAGGAGAAAACAAAAAUAUGUCAUACUUAAGAUUAACACGCUUUAUGAAUGCGUGUGUGGGCUCAACACGCCCCCUGCCCUACGCAUUAAACACAUCGCUGCUCAGACGGAGCAUCACCAAUCACCAUCCACACACACCGGGUUGUUGAUCCUGGACAAACGCUGCAACGUCAUCAGGUCAGAACAUCAGAUCAGAACAUUAAUCAGAAGAUCAAAUCAGAAGAUCAGAUCAGAACCUCCGAUCAGAACAGCUUACCGUCUGAACAACCCCAAAGUCCUUAGAUGCCCAAUGUCAACAAACUGAUAACAAUGCCAUCAAUAUUGCUUAAGGACAUGAGCAAUUCUCAAACAUAAACCACAAUAAAACUGGAUUAAACUAAACAGGCGGUUGCUGUGAUGAUAAAUUAAGGUGACAGUUUUGCUGAAAUAAAAGUUGUGGUUUGGCAGUCCAUGUAUCAACAAAUGAUCUGGGGUCUCAUUUAUAAAACUGUGCGUGGGAUCGCUACUAAAAGUGUACGUACGCCCAAAAGCCAAGUUUUGCGUGCGCCAAAAAAUAUUCAGAUUUAUAAAACCCUGCGUACGCACACCGUACGCAGGGUUUUUUAUGGCCGAUUUAUGCUCAGGUACGUAAGCGUAAGCGCAAGCGCAAGAGGCCCUUGCGCGCCCUUGCGCACCCCUUGACUUCUCACGUCUUGCGUGCGUCGGGCGAUUUUUCUAGACUUGCGUCAUUUUUUACGUAAGCUUUUACGCGAGCCGCGCAGCCUGCAAGGCUGUGAUUGGUCUGCUCGUCUGGUUACUACUUCCUGUCUGGAGUAUCACAUUUCCUGUUUUCAUACCGCCACCUACCACACGAUCUGGCACAUAAUUAUGCGAACCCUUCCACAGGGGCAAAGUGCUAUUUUGAUGCGCGACAUCAAACAGCUGAUGCGGGAUCGUGAGCCAUUUUAAUGAUCUUGUCACCCGAUAUUCGUUCUAUUAGGCCUACUGGCCUUAUUUGUUUUAGUGUUAGCCUAUUUGAAUUAAUUACGUAAUGUUUUGUGUUCACGUUCUAUGUGAAACAUAAGUGUUAGUAGCCUCUUUGAGUGAAUGAAAUUUGAAAGCGUGAGUGUGUGAAUGAAAAAUGUGUGCGUGUAUGGUGGGACUAUUUUCUGUAUUUGAUAAAUAAACCCCUUUUCUCUAAUAAUGCUGCCUACCAUAUAAUUUAUGUGGACAUUAUGCGCUAUAGCUUAAAGCCUUUGGCUAUAGGCCUACACUUAAAUAAUUAAUUCAUCUGUCAAGGCAGUAGCUGUUGUAUAAACAUUUUAUAUGGAUAUGAAUUAAUGAGUUUGACGUAAACCAAAUUAGGUAACUUGUGUAACAUGAUAACUAAUGAAUCAAAAGUCAUGCUUCCAAGUGACCAAUGUAUAUAUAUUUAUUGGUCAGUGCGCAUACCCAAUCGUAGCACAUUGUACUGGUGGGGAAACACGCCAGCAUCUGACAAAAAAUAAUCUGCCAGCUGCUCCCUGACAAGGGCCGGUUUUGGUGAGAGUCGGGAAGAUAUCGGAUGACUCGCGAAAGGAGAUCAUCAAACUUUGGCACAUAAACAAACCAACGACUCCCACAGACAAAGACGUCAUUCUCGAGGUCG